AUGGAUUCUUUAAGGGCUGCAGAACUCCUGACAUCUAUACCGACGAAUGAUGACCUCUCAGAACCCGAGGAUUCGCAAAUGACGGAAGUACUGGCGGAAGGACUCCCCCCAAUUGUCGUCAGUGGGAACCUCGAUCCAGAAGAAGCACAACUCGAGGCGAAAGAAAUUAACAAAUAUUUAUUGGCAAAAUCUUUCUUUGAUUGCAGGGAGUUCGACCGAUGUGCUGCUGUGUUUCUUCCGGAUAGAUUGCUCUCUGGAAUUUUGUCAACAACGGCUGGAAGAGGCAGCCAAACUGGCGCAAAUACGAGGUCAAAGGGAAAGGAAAAGGCAUCAUCAAGUCGAGCUAGCACAGGACCAAUAUCUGUGCUCCCAAAAUUGAGCCAGAAGAGCUUAUUCCUAGCUUUAUAUGCAAAAUUUAUGUCUGGUGAGAAAAAGAAAGAUGAAGAUAGUGAAAUGGUAAUGGGUCCUCAUGAUGGAGGAAACACAGUGAACAAACAGUUGGUCACGAUAAUUCGAAUAUUGGAGGCAUGGUUUCAAGAGAGAAGGACAGAAACUGGAGAGUUUGCCGGCAGUCAAGGGUGGCUUGAAUAUCUUUAA